UGCUUUCAUAUCAUAGUGGCUCAUUCCCUCAAGUUGGGUGCAAGGUAUAUAUAAGAGGUCUCAGGUCCUACUGUCUCCUCACUUCAUUUGGCCUGUCCAUCAUUUGCCCAAAGUUGGGAGAGCAAGAAUAACUGAGCUUUCUCUAAGAUGUCCUGCCAGCAAAACCAGCAGAAGUGCCAGAUUCCUGACAAGUGUCUCCCCAAAAUUCCACCCAAAUGCUCCCCUCAGGCCCCUGCAGCCCCUGCACCUUGCCCGGCUCCCUGCGUGCCCCCACCUGACUUGUCCUCAGCCUGUGUAGCCAGCUGCUCUAUUUCUGGCUUUGGAAGCAGUUGCUCUCUUCUGACUCGGAUCCCUGAUGUCACCCUGUCGGCUUCCGACUGCUGCGACAGCCAGCCCUCUGGAUGUCCCAGUAGUUGCCACGGCCCUGGACAUUGCAGCUGAGCCGGGAGCCAAAGACCCACAGCCCGGGACCUGCCUGGAUUUGGUGCUGUUGUCUCUCACUCUUAUCCUUGUUCUUCUGACUCCUCCUGAAUUAUGCUGCCUACCUGUGUGGGUGAUGGGCCCCUCUUUCUGCAGACAAUCUCAGACUUACUGACUUUGGCUCUGGUCCCAGAUCAAGAAUGCGCGAGAUCGCAGCACUUCCCAAAGCUUCAUUAGUAUGAAAAAUAAACCUCUU